CCCCCCCCCUCUCAAAAAAUCCUUAUACGCCCCAUGGCAAAAGGCGGCAACAAGCUAAUGAAGCUCAAAUCAGUUCUGAAGAAGCUAAAUUCAUUCAACCACAAGCAAAGCCGUCCGGCGUCCAGCUCCGUAGUCGCCGCUUCCGACACCUACGAAGACGUGUCGUCGGACGUCAAUCUUCAGCCCGUCUACGUGGGAAAAUCCCGGAGACGGUACCUUAUCAGCUCCGACAUCGUCGAAAACCCUUUGUUCCGUGAACUCGCGGAGUGGUCGAGCGGCGAAAAUGACUCCGACGCCGUCAUCAACGUGUCGUGUGAGGUGGUGUUAUUCGAACACUUGCUUUGGAUGCUAGAAAAUGCUGACCCUCAUCAGCCCGGGUCUUUGGCGGAGCUUGUCGAGUUUUACGCUUGUUGAUCAUAUGACAGUUCCCAUGUGGUCGUUUGCAUGGUUCACAACUUGUACAUUAUGUAAGGAUAUUUAUUUAUAUAAUAAUGCAUGUGAUUAGGCGGUGUAGAUUAAGAAACAAGAAAUGAUUGUAGAGAGAUUUAACCGAGUUCACGCCGGCUAAACCAAAAGCCCUGUCGGAAAUCAUAUUUGUGUAUCAUUGUUGUUCAUUUUUGUUUUCUUUUUCUUAUAUAAUAAGAAUUGAAGUUCAUUUUUCUUAUUAA